GUUUUCGAAACGCGCUGCCGUGACGGGGACAUCGCUGCUGCGCUGCGGCGCGGCGGUGAGUGAAAAAUGGCCGCGAACGCGAGAACAGACAUGCGUAUACCGACACGCGCGGCCCCUCGUCCUCCGAGCCAGGGCGCGACGCAGAGAGAUCCGAUCUGGAGCAGCAGCAAUGAUAUAUUUGGAGGCUCCUUAACGACGCAACCUGGACAGAAGAAGAAGCCACCUCCUCGACCACCACCUCCGAAGUUCAAUCAUAACCAUACGCAGUAUCAAAAAGAACAGAAACCAAAAAGACCGGCCAGGCCAACGGAGCUGUUGACCAAUUUUUUUGGACGAAAGAAGCAAGAGAAUCAUCAUCCUUCGUCGCGUUUCACUGCUAGUCAGUCACAGAAUGCGAUAACGCAGUCCUCGAACUCCGUCGCAACGGUGUCUCUGAUAGAUCUCAGUCCGCCCGGAUCGCCGACGUUCACGACGCGCUCCAGUGACAACGUCAGCGUCGACAGUUUCGGCAGCGAUGGAAAUUCCAAUCCGUCCGCGUUCACGAGCAGUGGUAACACGUCACAGACGGAAAGUGCCUUCGAGGACGAUUUCGACUUUUUCGGAAUGUCCGUCAGAAAGAUAACCGCGCAGAACGACCCAUGGCAGACUAAAACGACAGCAGCAGCAACAACUACAACAAUAACAUCGCAAGAUCCAUUCGGACUUCUGGAGGACACAUGCUCGAACGUAUCGCAGGUCGCCAGCAGCGGCGGUAACGCGUGCCUCUUUUCUUUCAACUCCAGUACCAAUCGCGUAGCGAACCAAGUGCCUUCCAAUCCGAUCGCUCCUAAGCCUCUCGUCAGAUCGAUGCCCACGAUAAUCCGAGCGAGGCCUCCCAAGCCUGCGGCGCCAAAGAUGCCGUUCAAGAAACUCGAACCGAUACCUUGCGAAACGCGUACCGGCUUCGAAGUCUCGAAUAGCAGCGGCGCGAUAAACAAACCAUUGACGUUGAAUUUUCCAAACGCGUGGCCCAACGACGACGAGGAGAGUGAUAGUCCGUCGCCACCCAUGCCGACAAUUCCACCGCCGACGUUACCUGCAAAUUAUCAGGCAGAACUAGGCGGCGAUUUUGAAGGAGAUUCUAAUGAACCUCACGGUAUUGCGCUGUACGAUUUCUCGGCGACACAUCCGGAUGACUUGGCUUUGAAGGAGGGCGACGUUGUGCAAUUGGUGAAGAAGGUCAAUGAUGAUUGGUUGGAGGGGAGAGUAGGAAAUCGCCAGGGAAUCUUCCCGUUUAGUUUCAUUGAUAUUAAAAUACCUCUGCCAGGUUUAUCAGACAACGUGGUCACGGCACUUUACGCCUUUCCUGGAGAGAAUAGCGACGACUUGUCAUUUGAGGAGGGCGCGAAAAUUACAGUCAUAUCAAGGAUAUCGGAGGAUUGGUUAUACGGGGAAUACAACGGUAGGAAGGGACAAUUUCCAGUAAAUUAUGUAAAUAGACUUCCGCGUAAUAUUUAAACAUUUUUUUCGAUAAAUAUUCAGUGUAUUAUAACAAUUUACUAUUUCGAGAGCCUCCAUAUUGCAAACAUUAUUUAGAAUUGUUAGAAAAGUGUAAAAAUACAUUCUGUAUGAUAUGAUCCUGUAUGUAAUUUUGAUUAUGUACAAAUCGCUGAAGGAAAAAAAUUUUAGAAAAUUUUUUACUGACAGAAAGACUGAACCAUACAUACGAGUUUUUAUAUCAUCGUGUUCCAAUAGAGAUAAUUUUCGAAAGUAAUUACGAUAUUAUCUUUAGGAAUUAGAAAAUAACAUUAUCUGCGAUAUAUAUUGGUGAUAUCUACAAUUUAUUUAGAUUUCUUAAAAAGUGCACUCUAUAUUGUUUGCAAUAUUUUACAAAGGAUGCUACUGAAAUCGUAAACCACGUACUAAAUCGUGUGUCUCUUUUUUCGAAAUUUUACGCGCAUAUCUGUUUGCUUGAGAGCUUAACUUUUACUAAAUAUCUGAUAUGUAUCAGUCUAAUUGUACAAAAAAUAUUUUUAUAUUUUAUUUCUUAUUUAUUAUAUACAAUAUCGACUUUUCUUUAAAUAUGAGUUUUCCAAAAUUUAUUUUAGGUAUUUAAAAGAUCUAUUUUGUAUAUUUUAUAUCAAGACGUACUUUGGCAAGCAUAUAUUUCAAAUUUUCUGGCACAUACAGAAAAGACAAUUGUUUAAACAUAUUCUGUUAAUAUAACAGAUCUGUUAAAGUAUAUGAAUGAUUAAUAUUGAUUAACGAAUAAUUCAUUUUAGUUUAGCUCUUGUAUGCUAUUUUGAAAAAUUUAUUUUGGAUAGAUUUCCAAACAAUCAAAGAAAAAAUCAUAUGGUCUUCGUUAGGUAAUUUCACUGAUUUAGAUAUUAUCUUGGAUUUUUUUAGUCGGAUCUAAAAAAAAUAUAGUUAUAAUUUUUUUCGUUGUAUAUAUUAUGUUUGAGAAUUUAAUGCACCUUAUAUAUGAAAUUAGAAAAUUAUUCAUAUAUAUUCUCCCUAUUUAUGCACUAUAGAGAUUUUUUUCUCUUAAAGAUGAUGAUUUCAGUGUGUAAAUAAAUAUGUUGGAUAUCUUUGUAUUAUAUACAUGUAUUUUUUGUUUAGACUUUAUUUCAGUAAAAGUUACCAACGUAGUACAAUUGUGGUACAGUAAAUGUGUAUUACGUGAAUGCAUAAUUGGGUUGAAGGGAGGGAGAAAGGCAAUGACGUAGGUUAAAUAACUGUUUAAUCUACCGUUAAAAUAAGUAAUUAUUAUUGUAUAUGUGUAUACUUAAUUAUGUUCAUAUGAGAAUUGUGUAAUUAUGUUUGAUAAAACUCUAAUUUAGCAUGUGCAUUGAAAUUUGAAUAUUUCAUGAUACACAUCUAAGUCACUAGCUAAAUCUUAGGAAAGAUCAACGAUGAAGUCUAUAUGUCUAUCAUUCUAAGUUAUUUCAUAUUGAUUUCAAAAGAAUGGUGCGAGUUUAAUAUGUUUUAUUGUUAUACAUUUUUUUACUCGGAAUUCUCGUUGGUACAGUAUUAACACGAUAUCCCAGCUUGCAUCAAAGAUUUGCAUUGGGACCAGAAUGUUAGUUUAUUUAAGACUAGGAAAGGCGAGUGAUAAUAAUAAAAAAAUUAAAAGUUAGAGUCAGAAUGUAAUAACAAAUCAUCGUUACAUGUAAUUAUAUCGCUGUUUAAUUCGUUUAAGAACUCCGCUGUUAUGCAAAAGACGCCUAAUAUGCAAUGUGAUAUUUUGCAAUAUUUAAUAUGUGUAAACAUUUCAUGUGUAUAUAAAAUAAACAGGAAAAGAAUAAAUAAA